GCACCGGCGUUUUGCGUUUUGCGUUUUGCGGGAGCGGUGCUGUAUUUAUCUCUUGAGCCGCGCCCAAAUAAUGCGUUUACGAAUCAGACAUGAAUGACGAUCUUGAAUCAAGCAACCUACCCAGCCGCCCAUCACGAGUCGACGGCGAUGCAGCGACCGACCAUCACGUGCGACACGACACGACGCGCCGACAGGGCUGCGGCUGACGUGAUAAGCGAAGGAACCCCAACCUCAACCUCAACCAUGACCCCCGACUCGUCCAGCAGCUCCGGCGAGGGCGAGCCGAGCACCACCCGCGCCCCAGGAGCCGCCGGCACAGCCCGCCGGCGGCCCAUCCCGCGCAAGGGCCACACCAAGUCGCGCCGCGGCUGCUUCAACUGCAAGAAGCGCAAGGUCAAGUGCACCGAGGGCCUGCCCGAGUGCGACCACUGCCAGCGCCUGGGCCUGAUCUGCGAGUACCCCCCGCCGCGCCGCUACCUCGGCGGCGGCGGCGGCGGCGGCGACGGCGACGGAGGUGUUGCCCGCCGCAACGACGAGCCCCUGAGCGGCAGCAGCCCCGUCGCGGGCUACGGCGCCAUGGCCAUGGCCGUGGCGCUGUCGCCGACGUCGCCGUCGCGGCCCCUGCACGCCAGCCCGAUGGCCUUCUCCAGGGACGACCUGCGCUUCUUCUCGCACUUUCUGCUGACGGCCUACCCGCCUCUGCCGCUGGGCGGCGAGGGCAUCUGGAAGCAGGUGGCCGCCAUGUCCUAUGAGUACGACUUCCUCAUCCAUGCCAUGCUAGGCCUGGCCGCCUCGCACCUGUCCCUCAUCGCCCCGGCGGGCUUCGAGAACCAGGCCAUCUCGCACCGCGUCGCGGCCAUCCGGCUGCUGAACCAGGCGCUCAGCACCCCGUGCGCGUCCAGCGUCGAGGGCGACGCGCGCUUCGCCGCCAUCAUGGCGCUGACCUUUCAAGCGGCCUACAUGCCCGAAGGAGGCAUGAUGGAGUUCGUGUCGCUCAUCAGGGGCUGCAACGUGGUCGCCCGGAGCACAAUGGUCUCGAGGGAAUCCAUCUUCCACCACUGGACCGAGGACGGCCACAUCGACACGGUUAGGUCCAUGAACGCCCCGGAACCCGAGGGCGUGCCGUCAGAUCACCAGACCAUCGAGGCUUUCCUGGCCUCGCUGAGACAGCUGGCCCCGGACUGCAGGGGCUCGUUUGAGCUCCUGUGGCUGGGCACCAUUGAGAAGUCACUCGAGCUUGCAAAGACGUCGUCUCUACAAGGUUUCACCCAGACGGCGCGAGCCUAUCAGUACUUUGGCGCGGCGUCGAGCGAGGACUUUGAGGACUUUACCAACCCCGAAAACUUCACGGCCCAGCUGCUGAUGCUGCACUUUUUCCUGGUCGAACACUUUAUCGGCUGCACCGUCCUCGGGCCCGUCAUCUCCUCGUUCCUCGUCCGCAGGAAGGUCAACGCGGCCUGGGUGGCCGGGCUGGGGCGGGACAUGCCGUUGGAGUGCCGGCAAAAGUUCGCCUGGCUCCAGCGCUUCUGCGGCGAGUCGGGCCUGUCGCAGCACCGGCCGGCGGGCCUCCUCCACCAGCCCCCCCGGUCCGAGGACACGGGGCGCGAGAUGGCGCUGCGGAUGAAGGCCCCAGGGCAGAUGGACGCGUGA